GACUUGUCUGCGCAGGUUCCUCGGAGCGCGUGACUGACGAGUCGCUUCCACACUGUUGGGAUGUCUAUUUGUUGGGAUGCUAUAAAAGGCAGCCACUCCCAUCAUUUGCGUCCUUCCCCCUUCACCAGACCUCAGCCUACAAAACCGCAAACAUGAGCUCGCUAAUCUCUUCUUCUCUACCAUCAUCAGCCUCUACUUAUUGGUACCUCCCUACCUAUAUGUACACAGUCUUCGCUCAGUACUACAACCCAGAAAUUGCAAUCAUCGGAGGGACAGCACCGGCUCUACCAUCCUUAAUCACGCACCUCUUUCAAAAAACAUCGCAGCCAACAAUCUUUACCCGGAUCAUGAAGUAUGCACCGUGGUCUCUGGUGCCAAUUCCGGCCAUCCUGCUCCUCAUCUACGCUUUCCAGCCUUCUGAAAGACCUCAAGAUGAACCAAGCCAUAUGUUUCAUUUCACUUAGGUCAUUGAUGACAUGCACUGACGAGGUUAGACCAAGAUUGAGGCUCCGUAUGCGGUAUUGUCGUUUCCGAUUCAAGCAAGUGGUGUUAUGCUAUGCGCCUGGAACUAUAAAGCCAGGCAUGCUGA